CCCCCGCCAAAAAAAAAAAAAAAAAAAUUCAUAACUCCACCGUGUGCUAUUUUUGGUCCCCCAAAUUCUGUACUGACAAGAUUAUUAUAUAUUCUGUAUCGCAUUCUAUCUAUGUGAAAAUGUUAUGGUACAAAGCGCAUAAUGUAAGUCGCCUUGGAUAAAACAGUGUAACCACAGUAAAAGUGCGAAUGGACGUGGCGGCCGCGCUAAGGGCUUCGCGAUGACGGACUGCGCACAGGACAGAAGAGCCGUGAGGAGCCACGUUCACGAGAUGAUGAUGAUGAUGAUGAUGAUGGGGAUGGCGGUGCUGAUGGAGACGGUGGAGGUGAUGGUGAGAUGAUGGUGGCGAUGAUGAUGCUGAGAUGCUGAUCUCCUCCGCUGCGCUCGUGGCGCGGAACCCGUUCGUCCUCAGGGCUCUUUCCGCUUCGACGCGAGGACAGCGGCUGGACUGGUCCGGAUUGUCCAGAGCACCGCGACGCAUCCUCACCCUCAUCCUCCUCCUCCUUCUCGGAUCCCCGCUCCAGAGCUCUGCUUACCGGGAUCCCUGAGCUAUUUCUGCGUAAGAAGCUUAUAUCCGGAUCCCAGAUGUACCGUCCAGCCUUUCAACAAAAUCCAAAAAAAAAAAAAAAAAAUCUGCGUGGACUGAUGUGAUGAUCAGCGCGUGACGGAGGGCGGGGUAAGGAGCAGCCUUUUUUCUUUUCUUUUUUUCCAUUUUUUUUUUUUUUUUUUUUUUUUACUCCGAAGCGCAGUAAAUCAAGGGCUCCGGCAUCCGAGUCGCCGGUCCAGCGGGGAACAGAAGUUCGGAAGGGGGGGACGCAGUCGUGUAUGGUGUUGCUCUCGGACGGGGGGGGAAGAGAGAGACGGGGAGAGGGAGAGCGAGAGAGCGAGACCCCACGCAGUUGAAUGCGCGCGAUCGCCCCACGCGCGCGCACCCAUGGCGAAGAUCAGGGUGUCCUACGAGUACUCGGAGGCGGAGGACAAGAGCAUCCGGCUCGGCUUGUUCCUCAUCGUGUGCGGCAUCGUGUCCCUCUUCAUCCUGGGUUUCUGCUGGCUGAACCCGGCCCUGCAGAGCAUGCGGAGCACGGCGGCCAACUGCACCGUGGUGUCCGUGCGCCGCGUGGACGAGCUCUUCGAAUGCGUGUUCACGUGCGGCGCGGACUGCCGCGGCACCUCCUUGUACCCGUGUCUGCAGGUGUUCGUCAACAACUCCGAGUCCAACUCCGUGGCGCUGCUGCACUACGACGAGCAGCAGCUGGUGCUCAACCCCAAGUGCUCGUAUGUCCCCCCCUGUGAGAGGGACAACCAGAAGAACAAGGAGAAGGUGCUGCUGUGGCAAGACUACUGGACUGAAGAGAUCAGCUCACAAUCUUUCACCUGCUUUUUCAAUCAGCAGCGGAGGCCGGACGACGUACUGUGGAAGCGCUCUCAUGACGAGAACGUGCUGCUGCACUGCGUACUUUGGCCCCUGGUCAGUCUUCUGCUGGGCACGCUCAUCGUGCUGCUCACCAUCUGCGCCCGCAGCCUGGCCGUGCGUGCAGAGGCCAUCCAAAAGCGCAAGUUCUCCUAGGAACCGGGAGGGGGCUCCGGCUGGUCCCGUUUCCAGAGACUGCGAGCGCUAUGCUAUGGGCGCUCCAUCAUGGACAUGGGAGGUCUUUCUCAGUGCUUUCAGGUGGCACAGGAUCGCAACCUUGUUUCAGAUGUGGCUCCUCACCUCCCCUCACUGUGCUGGUAACUGUAUUCAGUCUGGUGACUGAAGGGUUUUGAAUGUGUUUCCUGUUCGUCUUCAUCACUGGGUCACGUUUGUUGUGUAACAUCUCUUGUAUUCGUUCUGCUCAAAAACCAGGAGUAGAAUCUUCCUGUGGAUGACGAGAAAACUGUCUUGCGGUCCUGUGU